GGUAAUUUGUCUAGGUAUCCUACGAAUAUUCUCACAGAAUUUGAAUGUAAUCUUCGCACCGUAGAAGCAUCAGACCACAACGAGGCCGGCGCGAUAUGAAUUUAGAUUUACGGCUUGAAGAACAACAUUUGACAUCAAGCGACCGCACGUAUCUAGUUUCACUUUUAUCACAGUCAACCACUAUUGGUCCUUGCGUAGUAGAUAAGAGGCUUGAUGUAGAAAGAAGUUCCGAGAACCACUAGUUUUUCUGCUCUGCUUUAGUUUUCUUGUAGUAACUACUCCCACGACCCAAAAAACCAAAACCAACACCGCCUAAAAAAAUGUCCUCUUCCUCCUCCAAAGCCCUGCUUCUCCCCCCGGCGAAGCCAAAAACAGGUAAUUCCAGCAGUCCGAAGAAGAAGGACCAGCAGCCGAAGAUCGUUUUGAAACCCAACAACAAAUCCUCCAGUUCUUCAGACGACAAGAUGCAAGUGGAAGGAGAUGAAAACAACGACAACGGCGAUAAUGCACCUUCUUCUGACGACAAGCAAGGCAAUAACUCAUCCUCGGUUGUGAACAAAAACACGAAAUUUGAGUUCGAUUUGAAUGAGGAGGAGAAAAAGUGUAAGAAGAUCACGAUCGAAUACCCGCGAUUUGUCCAGUUGGACUGGUUGGAGUUGAGGAAACAGCAUCUGGACUCCUUGAACAUCGGAUUGAAUGACGAGGAUUUUGACGGGUUUGAAGAGGAAAAAACGUGGUGUGAGGACGAAAGUCUUAUGGAUAACACGACGUUGCUGAAACACGUAAAGGGCUACAUGAUGGACAGAAUGGAAGAAAAGAAAAAGUUGGUGGCCGAGAAGGAAGCGGAGGGGGCACAAGCUCCUGCGGUAGGACCGGCGCCGGCGCCGAAGAAGUAGAUGAGAAAAACGAUUAUGACGCUUUGCUCUCAAUGAAAUGAAGUUUUCGUUUUCCAAAGAUUUUUUGAACGCGACCAUAAACCACAAUCGGCAUGUGUUUUUAUUCUGGGGCGCCCACCUUCUG